AUGGACAUCUUCGUCCAAAAUGUGCCCGACCACGCCACCCGCCGGCACAUCGAGGACUUCUUUCGCAAUGUCUUCUCGGACUGCGGCAUCAAGAAGUUCCAUGCCGAGAAGUUGGGCGACAAACCUCUCGCCAACAUUACUGUACUUGACGUUGCCGCUGCGCAAGUGUUCCUCGACAGGUAUGGGCGGACACAACACCCUCGACGCGGGCAGCCACGUCUUCACUGGGGCGGCAAAUAUAUCAUCGUCAGCCGGAGCAAGAACGAGGUGAGCCCUUGGGCUUUGAAGUCUCUCGCCGACACUCCUCAGAAAAGCCAGCCGUCGGCCGUGGAGUGUCUUCCUGGAACCAAAGGCCAAGCCUCGGCCUCAUUCCCUGGCAUCACUCUCCAGUGCGGACGUUGGGAGUACGUCAAAGUUGGCGGACAGAAUGCGCAGCUCGUGUUCGUCAGCGAGUUUACCGACAAUCGGCCAGGACGUAUAGUGGUGGGUUCCAAGGAGGCCGUCAUCCUGCUCGGUCCUGACGGCUCGGAUCAAUGCCGGAUCGAUUUCAGCUACCACCCAAGCGACUGCAUCGACAUUGUCGUUGGGACCUACGAAGAGCCUUCGAUCACCUUCAAUUUGAACAAGGCGCCAAAGAUUUACGAAGUUCCUGCCUUCGACGAGCUCGCUGCGCAGAUGACUGCGCUUCUGCUCGGACCCAGAGCACAGAAACCGCGGCCACCGAAGAAGAUUCGUCUUUCUGGAAUCAACAACGUCCACCAGAAAGUCGCUGGCACUUGCUGGGCAUACCGUUUUGUGCUCGAAGAUGCGAGGAAACUACCCGACCUUCGCAAGCUGUUGGCGAAAAAUGCGAAAAUGUGCUCUGUGCAAGCGCUCAAGACAAAGACCACAUAUCCGAAAGACUUUCUCGAGGACAACUUCAUCCGGCUCUCUCACGAGUUGACACGCGGGACGUGGCCCCGAAAACCUUUCACGGUGCACUACCAGAUUGAAAGACUGGCGAGGAAUGGAUACCUGCCACCACUGACCGUGAUAAAGCUGCUUCCCAAGAUCUCGAUCCUUUAUGAUACGUACGGCGACGAUCCGGUCUGCGCUGCCCUUAGGCGCUUGUCGCGAGAUGUCCCCUUUCCUGGUCCUGGAACGCAGGCACACGACUUCACCGUCGGCUCGCUCGAAGAACAGCUCGGCGACUUCGCAUCAAGCUACGAUGAGUAUGCACCCGACAAUCCGUACGAGCUCACUCGCCGCCACACCCACAUCAACCUGGUGCACAAAGUCGUGGUCAUGCCGACAGGUCUCCGCCUCGAGGGUCCAGAGCCAGAACCGACCAACCGCGUCCUCCGUCGUUAUGCCAAGUAUACUGAUUUCUUCCUGCGAGUGGAGUUCCGGGACGAAGAUGGAGCAACAGUUCGUUACGACCCUCGCACCGAUCUGCACCGGGUCUAUCACGGCCGUUUCAAGACAGUCCUGGACAGCAGUAUCCUCAUCUCUGGUCGUGCAUUCUCAUUCCUCGGCUUUUCUCAUUCCUCGCUUCGAAGUCAAUCCUGCUGGUUUAUGGCUCCAUUUGUCUUCAACGGAAGCUUGCGAUACGCAGAUCACGUCCUUCAGGAUCUUGGCGAAUUCAAAAUGAUCAGAACACCCGCGAAGUGCGCUGCACGGAUUGGUCAGAACUUCACAGACACUAAUACAUCGGUCGAGCUCCGGCCGGAGCAAGUGUACUGGCUGAACGAUGUGGAACGCAAUGGCCGAACCUUCAGCGAUGGCGUCGGCAUCAUCUCAAUGGAGCUCCUGCAAAGCGUCUGGCGUGUCUAUGGCACGAGGCGGCUGCUCAAGCCGACCAUCUUGCAAAUUCGUUUCCAGGGCUGCAAAGGAAUGGUUUCACUGGACACCCGCUUACGAGGCAAGUGUCUGGCCUUGCGCAAGUCCAUGCGGAAGUUCCAAACCGAGACUACGUGGGACUUGGAGAUAUGUGGCGCAGCAUUUCGACCAUUGCCCAUGAUUCUCAACCGCCAGUUCACAAAAAUAUUCGAAGACUUGGGCAUCCCGCUGAGCGUGUUCAUGGAUCUGCAGCAGAAGUCCGUGGACAAGUUGCGUCGGAUGACACACUCAGCGAUCAACACGGCGAACUUCCUUGACGAAACAGAGUGCACAAAGGCUGCACGAGUACCUUCGCUGAUCCGAUAUUUGGGACAGAUGGGUCUCGACUACCGUCACGAUCCGUUUCUCUACAACGUGGUGGAGAUGUCGGUGGUGUCGAAGCUCCGCGACAUCAAGUACCGUGGCCGCAUUCCCAUCGAUGAUGGUGUCACGCUCUACGGCAUCAUGGACGAAACUGGUGUGCUCAAGGCCAACGAGAUUUUCGUCGUCACCGAGAAGGCCCCUUUAGGAGGAAGGUCGGUUUUAGUCCGCAACAAUGUCAUUGUGACCCGAUCGCCAGCCAUGCACCCUGGCGACGUCCAGAUCGUGAACGCCGUCGACGUUCCUCAAGGCUCUCCACUGAGACAACUCUCCAACGUUGUGGUCUUCAGCCAGCAUGGAGACCGGGAUCUGCCCAGCAUGCUUAGUGGGGGUGAUCUCGAUGGCGACAUCUACAACGUUAUCUGGCUGCCUCAGCUGGUGCCUGAGGUCACAUACGAUGCGGCCGAUUAUCCCAAGGUUCCGACAGAGGAGCUGGACCGAGAUGUCAAUCGGAAGGACAUGUCUGACUUCUUCGUGAAGUUUAUGGAGAGUGAUCAAUUGGGCAUGAUCUGCACCGCACAUCUGCAAAUUGCAGAUCAGCGCGAGAGAGGCGUGCUUGAUCCGGACUGCAUCAAGCUAUCUGCCAUGGCUUCCACUGCCGUUGACUUCUCGAAGACAGGCAUCCCAGUCAAUCUGGCACAAAUGCCCAGAUACGACAGAUGCAAGCCAGACUUCAUGGCACCCAGCCCUCGAGUCAUCGUCUCCGAGCAAGGCUACAUCGCGUUUGAGGACGAGGAUGAGGACGAGGACGUCGCUUUCGAGGGUAUCGAUACCGAGCGGCGAAGUUAUCGCUUCUACCGGUCCGACAAGGCGCUUGGGCAUCUAUUCCGAGCGAUCGAUGAGCGGCAGUUCAUCGACAAGAUGCAGGUUGAUCGUGCGGCCUACCCUCGCGACAAUGGACAAGAACUUAUGGAGACUGUGCUUGAAUACGCACAGCGCUGGGCCGAUCAAUACGGCGUGCUGUACGGGCAUCACCGCACGCUGGCUCGCAAUAUCCGGGCAUGCUACGACGACGCCCUCGCCAACCUUCUUGUCGACUACGAGCCCUCGCCACACUCACCACUGUCCGAAAUCGAAGUCUUCGCUGGGCAAAUCCUCGGCCGCGUCGCCGGACCUCAAGGAAACACCCUCCGUGACCUCGCAAAGACCAUGCGUGAACGCUUCGCCACGGUGGUCGAACACACCAUCGUACGCAUCACCAAGGGAGAUGAGGCGAUGAAGGACGCGGAGUACAUGGACGAGCUCAUGACGUUGGAGGAUGAUGAGCACUACGAUGAGCGUGAACUCGAAGCACUCCCGCGUGCGCUGGCUUGUCUGGAGGUCGCGGUGAAUGAGUCGGGUUACAAGGAUCGGAAAGUAGGAGAACUCAACAGCUUUGAGUAUGUUGCAGCGGGAGUGUGCUUGAGGGAGCUAGACAGGUACCGGGUCACUACGUUUGGCAGCCUGUCGGGUCUACCGCGGGUUUGA